UCGUCUUUGCAAAGAUUCAUGGAUGAAGAGUCAAAUGUUACAUAUCUAACUCUGGACUGGUACACAGAAAUUAACAAGUACAGAUAUGUUUUCUUUUUCAUUAUGUUUACAUUAUAUAUUCUAAUAAUCUGCACUAAUUCUACUAUUCUGUAUCUCAUCUGGAUUCAUAAAAACCUCCAUGAGCCUAUGUACAUUUUCAUUGCAGCUUUGCUACUUAACUCUGUUCUUUACAGCACAACUAUGUACCCAAAACUUCUGAUUGACUUUUUAUCUGAAAAACAAGUCACAACAUAUUCCGCCUGUCUCUUUCAGUUUUUUAUGUUUUACACUCUAGGUUGUUCAGAGUUCCUUCUGUUGGCUGCCAUGGCCUAUGACAGAUAUGUGGCUAUAUGUAAACCUCUGGAAUAUCAAACUAUCAUGAGAAAAACCACUGUGAGUAUUUUCCUGGUUGUGGCUUGGCUUGUACCUGCUUGUCAUAUUGCUGUCCAAGCAAUAGCGAGUGCUGAAGCUAAACUGUGUGACUCUAAUAUAAAAGGAAUAUUUUGUAACAAUGCAGUUUACACUCUUCAGUGUGAAAGAUCAAGAUUAAUUACCAUCUUUGGUGUGUUCCUUCUAAUUGAUCUUGCAAUACUUCCUAUGCUCUUCAUAGUUUAUACAUACACAAAAAUAUUUAUAGUUUCUCAUCGAAGUUGUAAAGAAAUUAGGAAGAAAACUGCAGAGACUUGUUUACCUCACAUGUUAGUUUUAAUCAGUUACUCUAUGUUUUUUGUGUAUGAUAUAAGCAUAGCUCGUGUGAAAUCAGAUUUUCCAAAAACCACACGCAUAAUAAUGACAUUACAAAUAAUGCUCUAUCAGCCUCUGCUAAAUCCUUUCAUUUAUGGGCUUAAAAUGAAGGAAAUUUCUAAACAUCUAAAAAAUCUGCUUUCUCAGGCCAAAAUCAUUCCUUGUAUUAAAACUUAA